AUGCGCCUUUGCGCUUCAUUCGGAGCAACAAUGGCGUCCUCCUUUGCUGUGAGCAGACUACAUAUGAGAGGAAAGACCAGCUUCGCGAAGUGCCUACAGAGAGCCGAUACGUUUUUUCACAGGAGCGUAGGAACAGACGUCGUUGCGGCCCAAGCUGAGGCUACUCGGAAUAACGAAGAUGAAAAGAAUGGACAGAAGUCUUUGCACGCCCUCCAGGUGGAGAGACAAGAGCAAGCAGAGAGAUCUGUUCUCAUCAGCUGCCAAUCCAGUACCAAUGAGAAAAAGUUCCUCAAGUACUUAUCAAAACAUGGAGAAAUCAGUAAAUACUUCUUUUAUGAAAGCUACGGCGUGUAUGCUGUAGUGGAGUUUGUGAAGCAGGAAAGUGUUUCCUCUUUGCUUGAAGGGGCGGCAAUUCCUGGUGGAAGCCAUGAAGCUGCAGUGCCUUUUUCAAAAUCAAGACUGCUGUCACUCAGAAACUUAAGCCCAGUGGACUCUCAAAACCAACCGUCAGGCCUGCAGUGCCAGCCUCAAACCACCAUUCCCAUCAGUGAGCUCAUAAAGAGACUGUCCAGAGAGAAGAGUAUAGACAAGCAGAUAACCUCCCUGGCAGAAGCCUAUCAGCUCACAGAGGAGAACAGCAGGCUGCGUUUCCUCGUCUGCUCUCUGCUCAAGGAUAUCGCUGCUGCUUAUUUUCCGGAAUGCACCAUUAAACUUGGCUCAUCGGUGAACGGCUUUGGAAAGCUUGGCUGUGACCUGGACAUGUUUCUGGAUGUGGACAGCAUCAGUGGGCGUAAUGUGAAACUGCCUAAGUCAGGCCUGUCUGUGGAGUACCAGAUGAAGCGGGCCAACUCGGAGCGAGCCGUCACUCAGAGCAUCCUAUCUGUGAUCGGGGAGUGCGUGGACCAGUUUGGGCCUGGCUGUGGGGUGCAGAAGAUUCUCAAUGCCCGGUGCCCUCUGGUCCGUUUUGCUCACCAGCCCUCUGGCUUUCAGUGUGACCUCACAGCUAACAACAGGGUGGCAAUGAAGAGCACAGAGCUGCUCUACUUGUACGGAGGGCUGGACCCUCGGGUGCGCAACCUUGUGUUCACCGUGCGCUGCUGGGCCCGAGCUCACGGAGUAACCAGCAGCAUCCCCGGGGCCUGGAUCACCAACUUCUCCCUCACCGUCAUGGUCCUGUUUUUCCUGCAGAAGAGGAGCCCUCCCAUCAUCCCCACACUGGACCACCUGCGGGACCUCGCAGGCCCCGCGGACAAGAGUGUGAUUGAGGGGAACGACUGUACAUUUGUCAGCAACUUCAACAAGAUCCGUCUGGAGAGCAACACAGAGACACUCGAGAAACUGCUGAGCGAGUUCUUUGAGUUCUACGCCACUUUCCAUUCAGCAGGAUGUCCAUUAAAUAUCAGAAAGGGCAAAGAGCAGAAUAAGCCAGAAGUGGCCCCACUGCACAUCCAGAACCCGUUUGAAACCUCUUUGAACGUCAGCAAGAACGUCAACGCCAGCCAGCUCGACCGAUUUGUGUCUUUGUGUCAGGAGAGCUCCUGGCUGCUCCAGCAGAGUGAAACCGGCACGCCCAGAGGUGGUGGUGGAGACGGUGGCCCCACACCUUGGGGACUCGCCACCCUCCUUCUGCCUUCACAGGUCGCAGGGAUCAAAAGUCGCAAGAAAAGGAGAAGGGAGCCAGCCAGCGAGAGGAUCAAGGGUUUGCUAGAAUCCUUAAAAAACAAAAAUCAACUAAAGAAGAGCUAAGGACUCACAUAAAUCAUCUGGAAUCAGGACUUCCAUCUCAUGGUGUUGCUGUGUGAUGCUUCACCUUGAAGGUGAGAGAAGAGACUCCAGCGACUGGGUUGUAGUUCCAAACAUGGACACUGGAGGGUGUUAGUGAGACCUGUAUGUGCAUAUGGUUUGGGACUUGAAAUAAGGGAGUCUUGGCCAUUUCACUGUAGACUUCCCCACUCUGUUAUGAUUAAAGACAAUCCUGUGGAAUUAAGUCCUGCCUGAUAUUUAUUUGGAAGUUCAGACAAUAUUUCACAGGUUAAUUUGAUUCAUUAUCCGUGCACGUCAGUGUUACCAGCAACAACACAGACACCACCUGUUUACACUUCAAACUAAAUUCAUUAUGCAUACAAUUACAAUAAGGAUGGAAUAAUUAAGGUUAUAGUAAACACUGUAUACACUUGGAACACUUAUUGUGGAGCCCCAAGACCAAUAAAAGGCAGCUGAAGUGUAGCAAAAUACAUAAUUAAUACUUUGUAAUUGUGGAAAGAAAUGUGAUUAUUUUUAAUCUCCAUCUGAAAUUAAAAUCUAAAAUUUCAAACAGUUUUUCCAAAGCAACAUGAUCUCUUUCAUUGGUGCUUCUGAGAUGGGGAGGUGGAGCAUAGGAAGGUUUGUGUGUGUGUUAACCUGAAAAACAAUGAUAGUUAACACAUCGUAUAAUUUCAAGCACAAGUAUAAGAGCAGCAAAUUGGGGCAGAAGCCCAUGUGACUGUUAGAAGUGUUGCAAAAGUAGCAUUGCUGGGCUUUUAGAUCAAAAUUCUAUAUUAACACAUUCUAUAUAUGAUUUUCACAGGUUUAGAGACAGAUUGUAUCUGAUUUACCUGAUAAACUGCUACAGAUUUGCAACAGUAAAAGAAACCAGUUUGAUGUACUUUAAGUGGUUUGACUGCAAAGAUUACACUUUGGACUAAUAAUGCCCCCCUCCCCCCCACUUGCAUUUUCAGUUACAGCUAGUUGAUCAUCAGUAUGCAGUAGAGUAAAUCAAACUAAUUACAGUAUUCUGUUUUAGGGUAUGCAGUCAAGGUCUUUGUAACUGUAGUUAAUGUCAUGCCUAACUGUAUGACUGGUGAAAAGUUUAGUUCACUUGUACUGAAGUGUAUGAAGUUUUAUGUCUGUACUAAGAUCUACUGCUAAGUAU